UGCCGCUAGGACGGUCACCAGGCGGAACCUUGGGACCGCCCCUAGCAACCUGGUGCUAGGAGGACUUGUGGAGCGCUCGCCUGGAGGACAGGCUCUAGGUUACAAGUACCUUACGGGAGCCGUUGUCUCAGGAUGACUGACUUGCUUUUCUGUGAACCGACAGAACUCUAUAACAUCUUGAAUCAGGUCUCCAAGCUGUCCAGAUUAGCUGAGCCCAACUACCUCUGUUUACUGGAUGUCCGAUCCAAAAGGCAGUAUGACGAGAGUCACGUGGUCACUGCCCUCAGGGUGAAAAAGAGAGAUCAUCAGUACCUCAUCCCAGAGUCUGUAGAUCUGGAGUGUGUGAGAUACUGCAUCGUGUACGACAGCAACACCAGCUCCCUGGAGCUGAGCAUACGGCGGCGGUAUGAGGAGGAAGACGAGGAAGAAGACACAACAGAGGUCAAGGAGGAGGACACGGAACUCUUGCCUGGACCUGCUGUGGAAUUUGGACAAAUCCUCAUCCACUUUACCCGCCAGCCUGUCUAUGUCCUCAGAGGGGGCUAUGAGUGCUUCUCUGGCCUGUACCACUUCUUCCGGACCCAGAAGAUCAUCUGGAUGCCCCAGGAACUGGAUGCCUUCCAGCCAUACCCGAUUGAGAUACUUCCAGGCAGAGUCUUCCUGGGCAAAACCAGUCAAGCCUGCAAUGCCAAGAUGCACAAGGAUUUGAAAAUUAAAGCACAUGUCAAUAUUUCCAUGGAGACAACACCCUAUUUUAUAGGCAAUGCAGACAAGCUCUUGCACGUCAAGCUUGAGGAUACGCCAGACUCCAUCCUUUUUACCUAUUUCCGCCACAUCUGUCACUUUAUGGAACUUCACCUCAGGCUCCGCUCUGUCAUUCUGGUCUUUUCCACCCGUGGCAUCAGCCGCAGUGUUGCAGCUGUGGUAGCCUUCCUCAUGCAUUACAAUGAGGAGACCCUGAAGAGGUCCUGGGCCCACGUGAAGAAAUGCAAAACCAACAUGCGUCCGAAUCGGGCCUUGGUGGCUCAGCUGCUGGAGUGGGAGAGAGUCCUGCACGGGGAGUACCUCACAGACAUCUCUGAGCCUAUCUACUGACCUUCGCCUAUGACCCAGCCAUGGUCGUCGAGGAGUAUCAGUUGG